AUGGGUGGAAAGAAUGGGAAAGGAAGCUUCGCGGAAGUUUCCUGGGGUCAGGGGGUGCGCGGCUCGGGACGGCCUCUUGCCAAAACUCCUGCCAAGCCAAGUUACAAUCGAUGGAGCGAUUCAGGCACGAGUGCACCUACAGAGGACGCUUAUAAGGAGGACAGGAAAAUUACAGCCAGUGAGCUGCUAGUGAAGGCUCUGAGGGAAUCCCAUGUGGACCCUGAUGAUGCUUAUGCAGCAGCACUAUCAGCUGUAGCCGCUGCUGUGUCUGCUGCCACUGCUGCCGCUGGUGCUGCCGCCGCUGCUGCAGCUGCAGCUGUGAGCUAUUCGCAACCAAGGGAGGCGGCAGCAGCGGCUGCUGCGGCUUCCACUGCUGCCGAGGCUGCUGCUGCUGCUGCUGCUGCUGCUCUGCUCGCUCCCAGGCAGUCUGUGGCUCGGGCCGUUGCUGCUGCUGCAGCCCGUAUGUCAGAACCUGGUGACAUUAACAGCCCUUCUUGCGACCAGUGUUCUGGUGGCAACUCUUCAGGAGAUCAUUCUGGUAGUGGUGGUGGGCAGAACUGCUCGUGUCAGGGGGCUAAGGAGAGCAGUUCUGGUGGUAAGGACAGCAAUGGGGAAGCGAGGCAGGUGAAGGCAGCAGCAACGCACAGCAGCACGAGUAAGCAGGUCCGAUCGGAUCAGACAAAUCAACCACAGGGCAGCAGCAACACAGGGAAGGGCAGCGAGGGGAAGAAGAUCCGACCGUCGAUGAGCCUACCAUCUGGUAAAGGCUUCACCGUUAUUGCUGCUAAGGACGCACCCUGGCGGCUGUCGAGACAGAACACUGCUGCAGCAGGCAAAUCCGCCCUAGCAGCCGUAGCAGCCCAAGCAGUCACAGCAGUUACGGAAGGCGAGAGCACAGUGGGUGCACUUCCAGAGGGGCAUUCCCCUGUGCUUCCAGCAGAGGCGAGAACGGGGCAGGUGGUUGCGCGGCCAAGCAGCGCAACGCCCAUCACCAGAGCUGCCUCCUCUCUCCUUUCCCCUGCCACACGGUCUGCACUCGCUUCUCCCAGCCCUCGCAGUCGCGCCAUGCCACGCUCCCCCCUCUCACCGCUCUCGCCCCCUUGGCCCAUCUCAUCUACCUCCUCCGCCUCUGCUCUCUCUGCUUCCAAACCCCCGCCUGGUGGCACCGUUUCAACCCCCACCCCGGGUCACUCUGUUCCAAAGUCAUUCUCCGAUCGCAACCUUGCACCACUCUCUACUUCUCCAAACCGCUCCACUGGCAACCUUGCACCGCUCUCCACCGCUCGAAACCACAACAGGACGCUGAGUCUGGCCCGGUCCGUUCCCGCGAGCCCACGCGAGCCGAGAUCGAGGGAUGGGAGAGAACGUGGAGAGCUGGAAGGAGUUAACUCGUCUGAAAUCCUGAUCGUGUGA